AUGACAGCAAAGGGGUACUAUGGGGGAUUCGCAACGGCGGCUUUUAAGGCGGGAGCAGCGAGAGGGCAGUUCAAGAAAGACCCCCUCCCACCAGCACCUGCGGGGAAAGAGGGAGACAAGAAUGAGACACUCGUCCUAGUUGGUAAUAACUCUUUUGCUCUUCCACAGCUGCGUUACUAUCGCUGCCUUCCUGUAAGCCUCUCCUCCAUUCCCUCCUCCCCUCUCUUCCCCUCUCGCACUCUCACUGUUCCCACUUUGCUUCCCUCUCUCUCUCUCUCUCUCUCUCUCUCUCUCUCUCUCUCUCUCUCUCUCUCUCUCUCUCUCUCUCUCUCUCUCUCUCUCUCUCUCUCUUACCCUCUGCUCCCUUCUCCCCUCCAUUCUGCCUUCACCCUCACACAUUUCCCUCCCUUCUCCUUCAAUAUCUCACACGCCCCUCCUUUCUCCCCUCACUCUGACAUUCUCCCCUCCUUUUCUCACCCUGCUCCCUCACCCUCCCUUCCCUUAUCCCCUCACUUCCCCCUUCUCUCGCUUACAAUCCCUCUGGUCUCCCCCCAUCCUCUCAUACUCCUGACCCUCCUCCUCCCCUCCCCUCUUCGGCCCACUCUCUCACCCUUUCCUCCUUCCCUCGUUCUCACACCCUCCUCCUCCCCUAAUUCUCUCCCCAUCUCAUCCUCCUCGCACCCAUUCCUUCUUCCCCGCUCUUCUCACCCUUCCCCUUUCCCAUUUGGAUUUGCAACCUGUCUCCCUCCAUACGCGCCUGCCCGUCCUCCCCCCACUGUCCCCCUCCUUGCCCGUCCUUGUCUCCCCUUCCCCCUCAUUGCCAACCAACCACCCCUCUCAGCAACACCACCACUAACGACUAUUACAUUCGCUACCGCAUUGGCGUGA